CAUUCAUAUUCUGUCAAAAAUUAAAUUUCCUACAGUAAUUUACUUUGCUGCUAAUUACUUGAGAACCAAGUGGUAAUUUUGAUCUGAGUUUCCAGUCAUAAUUCUCGUAGCUAAAUUCCGGCUUAAUAGAGUACCUUUCGAGGGUUUAACAGCUUUUAAUUUUUGUAAAUAAUGAGCGCUCCAUCUCCGAAAGAAAAUGUGGCAGUGUCCGAAGACGAGGUGAAGAAGUUGGGUGAAUUCUUGAGGAAUGAGACCAAUCCGUUAAAAGCUCGUUUCCGAGCGUUGUUCACCCUUCGCAAUAUCAACAAUUUACUUGCCAUCCAACAAAUUGGCGACUGUUUCUCUGACCCAUCCGCCCUCCUGAAGCACGAAUUGGCAUAUUGCUUGGGGCAGAUGCAAUCCCAUGAAGCCAUUCCAAUUUUGGCCAGUGUGCUCAACAAUUUGGAGGAACACCCAAUGGUCAGGCAUGAGGCAGCCGAAGCUCUUGGUGCCAUUGGAGGCGAAGACUGCUUACAAAUAUUAAAAAAAUACUCUCAAGACAAGGUCACCGAGGUUGCAGAAACUGUGGAGUUGGCUCUUGCUAGGAUUUGUCACGUACAAGAGUAUGCAAACUUGAAACAGUCGAGCCCGUACUUUAGCGUGGAUCCUGCAUUUCCCUUGAAAGGAUGCAGUGACGUUGAACUACUUACAACGAUGUUGAUGAAUGAAAAAUUAUCAUUGUAUCAAAGAUAUCAAGCAAUGUUCACUUUAAGGGACUUGGCCACACCGGAAAGUAUUGAAGCAAUUGGGAAAGGACUCAAAGCAAGCAGCGCCUUGUUUAGACAUGAAAUCGCAUUUGUUCUGGGACAGUUACAGAAUUCACAGUCAAUCGAAGUAUUGACAGAGAAUUUAAAAGAUUUGGGAGAAAAUGAGAUGGUUCGUCAUGAGUGUGCGGAGGCAUUAGGUGCAAUCGGAACAAAAGAAUGCGAGGCGAUCCUCAAGGAAUUCUUAGCUGAUGAGAAACGGGUGGUGAAAGAAAGUUGUGAAGUUGCGCUCGAUAUUUGUGAGUAUGAAAUGAAUGGUAAUUUUCAGUAUGCAGAUGGAUUACAAACAAUUUUGAAGCAGAGUUAAAAUAGUUAAACUAUUUUAAGGAAUAAUAUGAUUUUCAAUAAAUAUUUUGAGUUUUUGACAUGUU